GUUUUUUUACAACGAAGCCUCGUCGUCUCCGGACGUCCUUAAAGUUGCCGAGGCUGUGACUUCUCGGCUGCUGUCAUUGGUAGCCCUGCCAAGUCCUUGCCCGACACCCUUGAACAAGCACAUGUCAUCGCGCCAAAUCGAGACCAGAUGCCAGCCUCGUCAGCUACGACAGAGCCGUGGGGUCCUAAAACACACCACUGACUGAACACACGUCCAAACCUCUCAAAAGCUUCAUCUCGGGCACGUUCAACAGCCUGCUAUGCUUUGGCUAUAGUAGAUGGAACGACACGGCAAACAAUAGACCCUCCCGGCCCUCCGUCGACUUUCGCAUUGGACCUCGACGCCACAAUGGAGGAAUUCACUGUGGAUGCGUUUGUCAAUCGGGAUGAUCCUAUACCUGUAAUAUCCUUCGACGCCGCAGAAGAUCUAUCAGAUGAAGUUGAGGAUGUAUCGGAUGUCGAUCGUAAGAGAGAUCGAUUCAGAAAACGAGGAAAGGAUGUCAAGGAGAAUAUAAAAAAGGUGCAGCAGAAGGCCUCGGAGACAGGAACAAGCAUCCAAGAUCGACUAUUGGAGAAGUAAUUUCUAUUCAUCUUGUUACCCGAGCUCAGUCACUAACAUUGCGUAGGUUGUUACAACAAGUAAUACCAAUCGAAGACCUAUCCUCCUCUCGAGCCGAAGCGUCCCCCGCACAAGACUUCACAACUCGGCCCUCCUUCUCUCUACCUACAAUGUCUGCGAAUUUCCGUCGAUUCAACGCUCGAAUCGGCGUAGUGUUUGUAUUCCAAGCGAAAGUUAUACGACUUUUGUCAUGGAACACCCCCACGCACACACUUUCCUUCCUUGCAAUAUACACCUUCAUUUGCCUGGAUCCUUACCUUUUGACCGUCCUGCCAUUCGCAGUUAUUCUUCUUGCACUACUCAUACCCGCUUUCAUAGCAAGACAUCCUGCUCCACCACCCACGAUUACCAGUUACUCCUCACAUACCGCACCAUUUGGAUACAAUGCAGCAGGGCCUCCGUUAGCGCCAGCACCAACUGUGAAACCUGUCAAAGAGCUGUCUAAAGACUUCUUCCGGAACAUGCGAGAUUUACAGAAUUGUAUGGAGGACUUCAGCCGUGUCCACGAUAAAGUCAUAAGUCUUUUGACGCCUCCUACCAACUUCUCAAACGAACCUCUAUCCUCGACCCUGUUCCUAUUCGCAUUUUCUACCGCACUCAUCAUGUUCAUCGCCUCACAUCUCCUACCCUGGCGAAUCAUAUUUCUCUCGAUCGGUUGGAUAAUCACUGCAUCCAGCCAUCCAACAAUCCAGCAACAGCUGAUCGCAACGCACAGAACACAUGUGGCACCACGAGAGAAAGAGGUAAAAUCGUACCUUGAUGCUUGGAUCGCGAAAGAUAUCAUCCUGGACUCUGCACCAGAAACUAGGGAAGUCGAGAUAUUUGAACUGCAGAGACUUUCUUCAGCUGGUGAAUGGGAGAGCUGGCUGUUUACAUCGAGCCCAUAUGACCCGUUAAGCGAGGCACGGAUCCGCUCGGAGCGACCUAAAGGAACUCGUUUCUUUGAGGACGUACAACCUCCACAUGGCUGGGAAUGGAGCGAGAAGAAAUGGGCUCUUGAUCUUUGGUCACGAGAAUGGGUCGAGGAGCGAAUCAUCACCGGCGUGGAAGUUGAGACCGAGGGCGAGAGAUGGGUGUACGAUAUUCGUUAUGAGUAUGAUGAUGCCGAUCUUGGGUUGGUGUAUGGGGCCGGUAAUAGUGAUGGUGAGCAUCUGGCUACGCCGACGAAGGGCAAGAAGAAAAUGCUUCCGAGUUGGGAGGAGGGCAGUGACGCUGAGAUUGAAGGGAGGGGUAGGAGAGGCGACUGGAGACGGAGGAGGUGGGUAAGGAUGGUGAAGAGGAAAUGGCAGGCCAGAAGGUCUGUUUCUGAGGGCAGCAAGAUGUAAUUCUGGCUGUGUUUUCAUUUGAGCAUUAGCGAGGCGUUUGGGUUAGUUGAGUGAAUACCCACGAGUAUGGAGACCAAUGCAACAAAUUUCAGU